AUGCAAGAGGAAGAGCUGCUUCAGAGAAUUUCAGGCGGUCUAGAGCAGGAUGUCACGAAUUUGCGCCAGUUCUACCAGGCAGCAUGGGCCCUUUUGAAGGGCAAGGAGCACCCAUGGUGCCAGCACGCCGCCAUUUCCAAGCAGCUGUCCCUCAUUCUGGCCUACCCCCAAUCGACGCCGGUCGUCGCCGCCAUCUGGCACCACACCCGCUCCAGCCUCGCGCGCUGCGGCGCGUGCGCCGCCGCAUGGCGCGGCGCGCAGGCCGAGCUGCGGCGCGAGCAGCUGGCGCUCGAGCGGCGGCGCGCGCGCGGCGAGGCGCUGGGUGCUCAGGAGGAGGCGCGCAUGUACGCGCUCGCCGCGGCGGCGCCCGCCAUCCGCCGGCUGGAUGCCGAAAGGCUCGAGUCCUGGCUCAAGGCGGGAGCGGCGUUCGCGAUGGCGGACGGCCGGCGGGACGGCGGUGGGGGAGCAGACGGCGGCGGCGGCGGUGGGGGUCCCCAGCCUGUUGGGCCGGUGGAUGGCGUGGCUGCUGACGAGGCGCUGGCUCUGGCGCUGCAGGAGACCCUGGUCGACGGCCACCUGCUUGAUGACGCCGGCGUCGUGGCGGCCCUCGCGCCGCUGCUGCCGCUCGUGGAUGUCCAGAGGGGCGACGCCGGCGCCGGCCACUACCUCCUGCUGGCCCAUCCGGACCCUGGCGUCCGUCAAGCGGCGCACGCGCUGGUGACCGCCCUCGGCCGCGUCAGCUGGGAGCAGCUUCAGGAAAGCCCACAACUGCUGGAAGUGGUGCGGCGCUGGCUGCGGCGCCUCGGCCGGCCCGAGGGCGACGGAUCUGGCGAUGUGGGGGCUGCUGGCGACGGCGACGGCGGCGCGGUGAACCAUGGGGAGGGUCGGGCGCGUGUGGCGUGGCCGCGCGUCCAGGUGUGGUCGGCGCUCAAGACGGUCGUGUGCGACUGCCUCCAGGCGGAUGCUCUCGAGGAGGUCGCGGCGCGCUGCCCCCGCCUGCUGCCGCUGGCGCUGGCGGCCGCCGCGGGCGCAGACGCGGGCGGCGGCGGCGCCGGCGGCGGCGUGGGGCAGAAGGAGCAGAUGCAUGCGCUGCUGUGCCUGGUGCCGCUGCUGCGUGUCGCAAAGGGCGACGCAUGGCGGCUCGGAGCGCUGGGGGCCGGCCAAGACACGGAUCAGGACCUGGACGAUGACGAGGAUGGCAUGACUCAUGCUUCAGGCGGCGGCGGCGGCGAUAUGGACAGUGGCGGCAGCGGCGACGGCGACGGCGGCGGCGCGGGGCUGGUCGGGCCGCGGCAGCUGGUCGCGGCGCUGUGCGCCGCCACGUGGGCCAAUCUGCGCGACGUUCCGCUGCUCAAGGCGGUCGUGGCGGCGCUGCCCGAGGUCGCGGCGUCCGCACUCGCGCCUGCGGACGCAACCGGCGCGUCAGGCGUCGACGACGCAGGCGGACGAGCUCAAUUGGAAGCGGAAGCUGAGGAGGCGGCGCUCGCGGUGGCGCGCCACCUGGUCGUGAUGGUACCCGGCAGCAGCGCGCCGGGCUUGGUGCAGGCGCUGGCGUUGGAGUCGGGGCUGCAGCUGUGCGCGCGCCUCGCCGCCGCCGGCGGGCGCCCCGCGGGCUGGGGGGCGCAGCUGUGGGGGUGGCGGGCGGCGGCAGCGGCGGGCGCGCCGCGCGCGGCGGCGGCGGGGGUGGCGCUGGCAGCCGGCAUGCGGGAGAGGGUGGAGGGGCAGGCGGUUGACUUAAUCGUCGCGGCCAUGCAGGUCGACGCCACAGAGCUUGCCUCCGCGCUGCUGCGCGCACGCCACGCGCCGCCUGGCGUCGCCCCCGCCGGCCCCUGCACCCUUGGCCUGUCGAUGCCCGCGGACGACGCGGCCGCCGCCGCCGCUGCUCAGGCGGGCGGCGGCGUUGUCGCGGCCACGUCGUGCGUGCCGGGGCUGUGGCGGCUGCUGGUUGGGUGUGACCAGCCACAGGUCUCAGGGGCGCUGCUUGCGGCCGCGGCGCACGUCGCGCCACUGUGCCCGGCAAACGACCAGCAACGGCAGCAGCAGCAGCCACAGGGCUUAGCACCGCUACUGCCGAGCCCGGAUGCAGCCGCUGCGGCCGAACUGGGCGCGGCGACGCAGUGCUGCGUCGCCAUGGACGGGCGCUCUGCGUUGCUUGCUGCAGAACUGCUGUCCUGCGCAGAGGCCCACCUCGCCGCCUGCGCGGCCGCCGGCCGCCUGCUGCGCCCAGAGGAGGGUCUCGGCGGCGACGAGGCCCUCGCAACCGCCAGCGGCGCCGCGGCGGCGGCGGCGGGCGGGGCGCUCCCUGACACCCGCGAGCUCCGGGUUGCGGUACAGUCGUGCUGCACGCUCGCCAUGCUCGCGCCCUCCGCCGCCUGCCAGGCCGCUGCAGCGGCCGCGCUCGCGGGCGCCGGCGGCGCCGCCGGGGCUGGCGGGCUCGCCGGGCUGGGGGCGGCGGCGGUCGCGCACCUGGAGCUCGACGGGUUAGUCGCCAGGCGGCAAGCCGCGGCCGGCCUCGCCGCCGCAGCAGAGUCCGCGAGCCAGCUGCUGGAGGCGGUCUCUCUCGCCGCCUCCGCCGCCGCCGCCCGCGGAAGCGGCGGCGCUGCUGCGCCAACAGCGGGCGCCGCCGCGGCCGCGCGGUGGCGGGGCGCGGCGCCGCUGUGCCUGAUGGUGCGGCAGCUGCUCAUCGCCGCGGAGGUUUUGGAUGAGGGCGUCGCGAUGACGCUGGUGGCUCCUUGGCUUCCAGGUCUGUGGGAUCUCCUGCUGGAUCUGCUCGAUGCCAUCAGGGCUGACCAAGUCUCUUCGCGGCAGCAGCAGGAGCAGCAACGGGACGGCGCAGGGGAGGGUGAUGAGGGGCCCCGACCGCUCGCGACCGCGGCCGCUCCAGCUGUGCUCGCAGUCAUUCCUGCGGCAUGGCUGUUUGUGGCAAUGCUGGAGCGCCAGCGGCGGCUGCUGAACGGGGGCGGCGGCGGACUGGGCGCUGCCCCGGAGGCGCUCCCGCCGGGGGACUUGGAAUGGAUGGCUCGCCUCCUGGCGUGCGCGCCCGCGCUCGUGGCGGCCGACGCAGCCCCCGUGGCGCGGGGCGAUGGGCAGCAGCAGCAGCAGCAGCAGCAGCAGCAGCAGCAGCAGCAGCAGCAGCAGCAGCAGCAGCAGCAGCAUGUCAUCGAAGCGUGGCUGGACUGCAUCAGGCAGGUCCUCAUGCUGGCCGAGGAUUUCAGCGGCGGCCGGUUGGCGCUCCCGCGGACGGUGCUGACCGAGGCGCGCGCUGCUAUGGCGGCCAGCGGCCUGCUGCGGCCGGAGGAGCGCCUGGCGCUUGCGCGCCUGAUGCCCGAGGCCGCGCCCGGCAACCUGGCGCACAGCGGGCUGGGCGACUGGCCGGUGAGGGCCAAGGGUGAGGACGCGACACCCGACGGCCCCGCGCCCGCUCGGCAGCAGCCGCAGGACGAGGCCAACCCUUCGGCGCCGCGGGACCAGCAGCGCUGGCGGCCGAGUGGGCUGCUCGGCUCGGACGGGGGCGCCGGCGCGGGGGCGCGAGCGCGUGCAGCGGCCGGAGAGGUGGUCGACCUCACCCUGAGUGACAGCGACGGCGAGGGCGGCCGGCGGGGCGGCGGCAGCGGCAGCGGCAGCAGGGGUGCUCGCGGUCGAGGCGGCGUGGCAGGUGUGGGCGAGGGCUCCGACAUGUGGGAAGACGAGAUACAACUCCUGGAGGAGCCAGCAGGGCUGCGGGAAGCGGUCAAAGCCCGCAAGCAGCCUGCACCAGGACGCGCGACGCAGCAUGGGCAGCCCCAACAACACACCCCUGCGCAGCGACACCAGCCGCAGCGGACGCUCGGCGGCGGGCCCGCGAAGGCCCCGCGGGCGGCGGCUGCGGCGCCGCCUCAGCAGCUGCAGGCAGUCUGGGCGCCGUUCGCGCGGCGACCAAGCCACCAGCAGGCGACGUUUGUGGCGCCGCCUCAGCAGCAACAGCAGCAGCGGCAGCAGCAGGAGCAGCAGCAGCAGCAGCAGCAGCAGCAAGGCGGGCCCUUGAAACGUCCAACAAAGCGGCGCCAGGCUCCUGCUGCGCCCGCGGCCGCCGCCGCGGCCCCCCAGCAGCACCAGUCGGGCCCCAGCCGCAGGGAGCUGCAUCUGCUGCAGCAGGCGCUGGAAGCUUCCAUCCUGGCAGCUGGCGGAUCGCUGCGGCGCAGCGGUAGCCGCCCGGCUUCCGCGGCGGCAGGCGGGGGCGGGGGCGCGGGGCAGGGCGCCGCGGGCCGCGGAGGCAGCGAAAAGGCGCGGCUGCUGCGCGCAGACUUGUUGGGCGGCGGCGGCGCCGCGGCGGUG